AUGUCUUCCAACAACAAAUGGCACGACUUUCGUCUUGCAUCCACUUUGCGAUCGUUGAUGGGAUCGCAGCCUGACGAGGCUACGACGAGAUCUUUCCGCCAAUCCGGACGAGAAGAAGACAAAGAGGAGCUAGAUCCAACCCUGAAGGACGACUCAAACAAUUCUCAUCGCAGCGAACCUCGCGCAGCAAUGGCCGACGUCGACGAUUACUCUAUUGCUGGCUCAGAAACCGCCGCAGAUAUCGGCGAGCUUCCUGUGGCGGAUGAGGACUUUGGAGCAAUACAAAUGUUUGAUAGCAAUGCCGCGCCUGAGACCUUCUCCUCACAGGCUCCAGUCGCCGUCAUGUCAGAGCACGCUCCCGUGGAAACACCAACAAGAAAAUCGAAACGAGAUAAAAAGGACAAACGAGACAAGAAGCGAAAAUUGUCCCAAGGAGACGCCGCUUCCCCGCCUGUUCCCGAAGAAGAGGACUCGUCGAGGAAGCAGAGAAAGUCAAAGAGAAAGUCGAACAAUGAUGUGGAAAUUGACGACACACAACCAACUGAGGAUAACCCAACUAGUCGCUCUGCAGAUACACCUUGGGGCCAGUUGCAAGAAGAGGAAGCGACUGCAUUACUGCAAGCGAAAAAGAAGCGCAAGCUACCGGACACUGUCGAUGGCAAAGGCCGAAAGAAAAGACGAUCCCAUGAUCAGGAGCCCGAGGGUCAAGAUGGUGAGGCAGGCGCUUCCCCGUUCCUCCGCAAGAGAAAAGAGAGGCGCGGGCUUCCGGGGAAAGCCAUACAUGAGGAUAACGAGCCAGAGUCCGACCCGCAAAAAUCGCCGACCAUCGCGCACCUACGUCGACGGAGCCAAUCACGAGAAGCUCGCUCUAGAGAGAAUAGCGCUGCCAACGAGAGCCAAAUGGACGUCGAUCUUGGGACUGAGGACCGUACGCAGACUGCUGAGGCCGCACUGGCUGAUACCGAUGGCGAAGUUGAGCGUCUGGCUCGUGAGGCCUGGAAUGAGCACCGUAUUGGGCAGCAAGCGUUAGAGGAAAGGCAAAACGUAGGCCAGGAUCCAGAAAUGUCGAACCAAUACCCCCAGGAGCCGUUGAAUGCUAGCCUGGAGGGCAUGGUUGAGGGCCAGGCCGAGCCAUCAAGUGCCAAGUCGAAAAAGUCCCGAACUACUCGAAAGAAGGCUAAGCCAACCUAUUAUGAGCAGGAUCCCAUCCCGAAUCUUUUGAGUGAGGACGAGGGCAACAGGAAUGGUUUGGGCGAGCUGCCUUCGCCGUCUGCCGCAGCGCCAAAGGCUCGAAGAGCGAAGCGCGCCGCCAAGAAAGAAUCCCGUGGCCGCAAGCCGAAGAGGGAAAAACUAUCUCAGUCCAUGCGUGGUGGUUCGGCAGAUGCAGAUGGGGCGCCCGGAAGGGGUUCCGGCCAGCCACGGAACCGACUGACUGGUUUCACGCAAGGUCGAUUCACCGACGCUGAACUUGCGCGCAUAGCUCGAGCCGUAGAGAGCUACCGGACCGACCGUGACAUGACACAACAGGAAGUGAAUGAACUCAUACAUGCUCCUGGUGGAACCACGGCCGGAGAAACUCAUGCCCAACUCUGGUCUCGUAUCUUUGCUGAAUGCCCCGACCGUCAUCGACAAAAAGUCAUCAAUAUCACUCGCAAGAAAUUUCAUAACUUUGUUGCUCGUGGAACGUGGACUCCAGAUCAAGACACUGAAUUGGCGGAACUCAUUCAACAGCAUGGCACGAAAUGGUCAUAUAUAGCAGGUCUUAUCAACCGGCACCCUGAAGAUCUUCGAGACCGUUAUCGCAACUACAUCGUCUGCGGUCCGAACCAGCGGAAGGAUGCUUGGGAUGAAAACGAAGAAGCUCGUCUUACCCAGCACAUCAUUGAGUCUAUGAUGGUGAUUGAUGAAUUGCGAGCCAACCACCCGACGAGAGCCCUAUUACAGAAGAGUUAUGAAGAACUGAUAGACUGGCAAAAUAUUAGUGAGCUGAUGGGUCGUACCCGAAGUCGAUUGCAAUGCAUUACAAAGUGGAAGUCGCUGAACAUUCGGACCCACGGCAGAGAUCAACUUGUUUCAAGCCAACCUGAUUCUCAAAUCUCGUUCAGGCUCGAAAAGGCUCGACGGCAGAUUGCCGCCAUGCCCGUUGAGGAACGAUACCGACUUGUCAUGGCGGUCAGUGCCACCGCAGCUGGUACGGAUGUCAAGAUCCCCUGGCAAAGGCUGGUGGACAAGCCGUUCAGGAACCAGUGGCACAGGUAUACUCAGAUGCUUCUCUGGCGACGUUUGAAGCAGACUGUGCCCAAUUGGGAAACUACUAGCGUGCGAGACUGUGCGCAAUAUCUCAUUGACCAGUAUAACCAAACGGGCGAUCUUGCCGAAGUGCCGGACGAACUCUUUGAUGAUGCAGACGAAAUGCGGUACAUGGAGGCUAUUACUCCGAUUUCUUCCAUAUCCGGUACGCAGGACGACGAGCGAGGUCAAGUCAGCGCAGAGUUUAUUACAGAUUCCGAUGCCGAAGCAAAUCAUGCGGAGGCCAAUGGGGAGACGGCUCAGCUGGAAGAAGGAGAAGGUGGAGGAGAAGAAGAAGAAGAAGAGGGGGAGGAGGAGGAGGAGGAGGAGGAGGAGGAGGAAGAGGAGCAUGAAGAAGACCAACCAGAAGAGCAAGCACCCCAAGAUGUGAAUAUGGAGAUCGAUCCUGCUUUAGCUGAGGCCGGCCAGCCGUCAAUGAUGUCAACUCCUGCCAAGCCGACCUCGGGCAAAACUGCAGCAUGGCGAAAACGUGGCUGGAAACCUGGCGAGGCCGCUGCUGCUGUAGAGGAUUCCAUCGAAGACACUUGGGAGGAAUCACAAGAACCACAACAGACAGAAGAGCACGACUCAUACAUUGACGUCGAACAGUUCCGCAAGAAGAAGACGCCAAGCAAGUUCAAGUCCCCCCGCAACAAGAGGGCUGUGCAGCACUCUUCACCACCCGCAGACGAAGCUGACAGCGUUAUGGAUGAUAUGGAGGACCUUCCUGCGCGGGUUGCUGUCGCCUGA